GUUGCCAAGCAACGAUCACGUUGCAAAAUAAACAAUCAAAUCGGAACCCGGCAUAAAGCAAAUUUACUUUCUUAUUUUAUUACUUGUGUCAACAAUUUAGAUCGAUAUUAUUGAAUUAUUUACCCGCCCGUGCAUUGGUGUAUCAUGUUCUUUUGACAUUAUCAGUUUUUUGGUUAAUAUGAUGUUGUUACCUGUAUGUGGGUCGAGUGUGUGUGGGAAGGAUUUCCGACAUUCUCUGAAGAAACCGAGUCCAAAUUAUCCGUAUGGCUAUAAGACGAAGAAACCCAGAGUUGUCCCGGCGUUCACUAUACAAGCGCUGCAGAAAAAUACUCGCGUUGUACCGCCGCCAAAAUGCGGUGUAUACGACCCUUUACCCUCGAGACCGACCAUGUUCAGAAAGUGUUACCAGCGCGGGGAAUUCCCUGUCUCCAUAGAAUUCACAAACAUUGGGAAACGCCUCGCUUGGAAGGUGCCUAUCGAGAAAUUAGAUUUUCAUCAUUACCUGCCAAUGUUCUUCGACGGUUUAGCAGAAGGGUCGUAUCCUUUCAAUUUCAUCGUUGAACAAGGAAUCCACGACUUGGUUACUAAAGGAUCUUAUAAGGUGCUACCUGUGGUGCCACAGCUUAUCAUUCCUAUCAAAAAUGCUCUAGCAACAAAACGCCCGACAGUCCUGUGUCACGUCCUCAAAUGCAUCCAGAUGCUUGUGACCGGAUGUGACCGAGUGGGAGAAGCACUAGUGCCUUAUUACAGACAAAUUCUGCCCACGCUGAACCUAUUCAAAGAUAGAAACCGUAACAUGGGAUCCGGUAUUGAUCACACAACAACCCGGGGCGAAAAUGUCGCGGAUCUCAUUGAAGAUACACUGCAAAUUCUAGAGCGAUACGGCGGGCCGGAUGCAUUCAUAAACAUCAAGUAUAUGGUACCAACAUACGAAUCAUGCGUUCAGAACUAACGAAUAUGACCACAUAACCGUGA